ACACACACACACACACACUAGAAGCGCUCCGUCCUCUCUGGCCUCACCACGUCGGCUCUGAUUGGUCCAGCCGCCUGUCUGUUAUCCGCGCAGGAGGCGGGGCAGAGCUGAGGCUGACCUGGAGUCUGAUCCAGACUGCUUUACGCACAGACCGGACAGUCCACGCACGGAUUUCCACAGUGAGACUUUAUCCUGGAUGGGAAGAGGGAAUAGUUUAGAGGAAGAGGAGGAAAAUUAGAAAAGGAAUAAAAGAGGAAGGAAAAGUGACAGGAAAACUGAAAAAAGAAAAGGAACAAGUGGUUUCCAGCUGGAAACUAUUUACUUAUCCCAGUUCCACCUCCAUGUCGCUCCCCGGCUCUCCUCCGCUCAUCUCUCCGGGCUCGGGAACACAAACUCCCGUCGGGCUCUACCGCUCAGCUCCGGAGGGUCUGCACACCUCCUCCGCCGUCUCCACCAGCACCUCCAGUCCGGCGCACAUCAACUCCAACUCCCACUCUCACUCUCUGUCCCCGUCCCCGCGGCUCACCAGCAGCAUGCUCAGCGCCUUUCUGCCCGGACCAGGCGGCGCCCUGGGCUCCCUCGGCGGGCUCGGCUCACUGAGCGCGGCCGGUCUGACCCCCGGCUCCCCGGGCUUGGUGCAGACCUCUUCCGGCCCGGGUCUGUGUAGCGAGUGCAAGCUGGUGGAGGUGCACGGCGUGAAGGUGGCCAGUUUCAAUGUGGACGGUCAGGAGCUGAUCUGCCUGCCUCAGGUGUUCGACCUCUUCCUGAAGCACCUGGUGGGCGGGCUGCACACGGUCUACACCAAGCUGAAGAGGCUGGACAUCGCGCCCGUGGUGUGCACCGUGGAGCAGGUGCGCGUCCUGCGGGGGCUCGGCGCUAUUCAGCCCGGCGUGAACCGCUGCAAGCUCAUCUCUAGAAAGGACUUCGAGACGCUGUACCAGGACUGCACCAGCGCCAGCUCCCGUCCCGGCCGUCCUCCCAAACGUUGCUCCGGUGCAGGGAUGCAGGAAAGCCCCCGACUGCUGCACCCUGGGCUCCCCGGCUUGUUGUCCCCCAACCUGCUGUCCCACACCGGCCUGACCGCAGCCGCCAUGGCCGAGCUCCAGAAGCUGCAGAAGAUGAAGAUGAGUCUCCAGAACGGCAACGAGUCUGACAACGAUGACCUGCACUCCAAUACAGGAGGGAGUGAGUGUUCCUGGGAUAAAGAGCGUCUGACCAGCCCUCCUGCUGGAGCCCACAGCGGAGGAGGAGGUGGUGGUGGAGCCCUGGCAGUUGGAGGAGGAGCUGGAGGAGGAGGAGGUGGUGCAGCAGGAGGUCCUGGGAGGGGGUCCACCUUGGGAGCUGUCAGUCAGCAGCAGCUCCAGCAGCAACAGCAACAACAGCUACUGGCCAACAGGUUGGACCUGCCCUUCAUGAUGAUGCCCCACCCUCUGCUGCCCAUGGGGCUGCCACCUGCAUCUGUGGCCAUGGCCAUGUCCCAGAUGAACCACCUCAGCACCAUCGCAAACAUGGCCGCCGCCGCCCAGCAGAUACACACCCAUGUUCACCGUGCCCCUGUCAUCAAGGAAAGGGUGUGUGACAGCCCCUCUCUGUCUCCAUCUGUUGAUGAAACUAACACUCCUCUGCAGUCGCAGCCCAGCAGCUCAGCCUCCAGCUCGCCUGAAAGACUGGGAUUGGUGUCGGGUGAUGCUGAUGUUGCACUGACCAACUCUGCUGCACCCAUCAAGAAAAUAACAAAGGACAAAGAAGAGUCCCCACUGGGUCAGAACCUGCCGCCAGGAUUUCCUGCUCCCUUCCUGUUUGCUGACGGCCUGUCGUCAGUGGAGACUCUGCUCACCAACAUACAGGGCCUGCUGAAGGUGGCUGUGGAGAACGCCCGAGCGCAGGACAAACAGAUCCAGGCCGAGAAGAGGGAGCUAAAGAUGGAGCUCUACAGAGAACGAGAGAUGCGCGAGAGUCUGGAACGACAACUCAACUCUGAGCUACAGAGCAGAGCUUCAAUCCAGAAACGAUUGAAGAAGGAGAAGAAGGCUAAGAGAAAGCUACAGGAGGCACUGGAGUUUGAGUCCAAGAGGAGGGAGAGAGUUGAGGACGCUCUCAAACACUCGUCUUCCUCCUCCCCGUCUCCUGAGCAUCUGCACGCCGCCAACAACAACUCCAAGAACGACGCUGCUAUAGCCGAGGACAAACCUGAACUUAAUGGAAACCAGCAAGACAACGGCGCUGUACAAGAGUCCCGGCCGUUCCUGAAGACCCCCAUGAUGUUCUAAAAUGAAGAGGACUCCACUUCUAGAGCCGACUAACCUUCCUCCCCUUCCUGUACAAACCCCACCAGCUGAUUUCCAUGAGAACUUCAACAUCCACUGGAUUAUAUCGUGACAACAGACUCUUUUUCACAUGGCUACAAAACAAUGAGACUACUAAGAGACACACUGGACUUGUUUUAGGGGUUCUCUUCAUUCCUCUUUUUAGACGAACUUUACUCCAUUCAUUCCCGAUUUUCUGAAUUUAUUCCAAAACCUUUUUCCUCCCAUUCGUUUGGGAAACUGAUCGAUACAUCGUCAUUCCUCAGAAAAAAAAGCUCCAUGAGGAAAACGGAACGACCACAACCUCUCCACCCAUGUUUGGAAAAGAAAACAUGAGACGUACCUCUGAUUGGACAGACUGACAGAAACAGUCCAAUUAUGUGAUCUGAUCUGCAGGAGUAGACUCUUUCGGAUUGGUUCUGACAAGACGGGUGUGGUUGUAUGAAAAUAGACUCGACCUCAUUGGCUGAAUGUUGGAUCCGCCUAUCAGCUCAGAACUGCAAAAUGAAAAAGGAUUUAAGUAUAAAAAAGAAUAAAUAAUGAUGGGAAACACUAAAGAAGAACUGAAGGAAAGCAACCUUGGAGACCAUCUGGGCCUCCAUAUCUUGUUUUCCAUACAGGGACUAGAGAAACGCAUGGAACAACUUCUGUUGUCGUUUGGAUAAUUUUACACUUUGAACUCUUCAUCCUCUAAUAAAACCAUUUCUGUCUCUUUCUUUUCUCUUCACAUUAAACGACUCUUUCUAAACACUACUGCUUUUUUGCAUGACUCCUCUCUGACUUGUUUUCUCCUUCUAUCUGUUUUUAUCUCAUCAUUUUCUCUAUUUCUCUACAGGAAGCAACACUCUGAAAAUGUUGGGUGCAGCUUUUCAAUGUAUAAACUAUUUUCUAUUCCCCUUAAAAAUGUGGAAUCAGUUUCUGACAUGAUGCAAAACUUUAAAUAAUUUUUACUACAGUGCAGUGAUUUUUAAACACAGUCUCCUCCCGAAGGUAAAUUCUGCUCCUUGAUGUUGAACCUUUUUCACAUUUUGUCCUGAAAGCAGAAAAACGUCAACAGUUUCUGGUGUUUGUCUGAUUAAAACUGGAGAACGCUUAAACUGUCCAACUUCUUUUUGAUGAUUAUGGAUUCUAAAAAAAAAACCAAAUCCUUAUUUUCUGCAGGCGUUCAAAUCAAGCACUCCUCAUGAAAAAACCUUUUUCUCAUUUCCUAGAUUUUCAGACCUACUCUGAGUGCAGACUGUUGUGUUGAAGCUUGGUUUAUUCCACUGUGUGUUUUGUUCAUUUGUUGAUUACCUUUUCCAAUGUGUAAGGGAUGAAUGAGGGAGGGGAACCGGUCAGGGUGGGUGGGGCUUUAGGUUAAAGGGACAUUUUGUGUAGAUAGAAACAACAUUCAGCUUUUCGUUUUCGUUUCAAUUUCUCCUGAUGAUCUCUCGGUCUGUCACUGUUCUCUGGGUUUGAAAUGACUGCAAAUAUACAGUAUUAUAAUGAA